AUGGAAUCAUCCUCACACAAGGAAGUGCUCGAAGCGGCUUGCCAAGCAGAGAUCCGGAAGCAGAUCGCUUUACUUCAGGCCCAACUCGUCGAACCUGUGGACUCGGACACCACUUCACCACUUUUAUCAUCAUCUCCAAAAAGGAAACGGCUUUCGGGACUACUGGCUCCCUCUACACCUUCUCCAAGUGAGUUCAGAAUUCGAAAUCUCAUACGACGUCAGGGUGCUUACCUGACCGCACAAGAGAAGCGAAAGGUCGCGGAACAGUCAAGACACGGCGCGGAUCGCAGGACUGUACUUCGCAAGCCGCAGGUUGCAGCCUCCAGUGGUCAAGCGAAGGCCUUGCAGCUAGCAUCGGUGCAUAGCACUGCGAAGGCUACGCAGCCCUUGAAGUUGACGGCUUCGACGGUAUUGCAGAAACUCGCCAAUGCUCAUUCGCACAACAAUCAUCUCCCGGUUGGCCCGGUAGUCGUUCGAUCGUCUGCCUUCUCAGACAAGGCCGCUACUCCCAACGUCGACACCGUUGUUGUGGAUGGCAGAAGCGAAGAUUGCACCAGUGCUCAUGCUCGUGACGACCGCCUUGCUCUCGUUGAGGAACUAGUGUUAGGCCCGGCUGAACACAAACCACCAUUCGAUGACCCACACUUCGAGAAGUUGGAACCAAACUCGAUGAUCCGCCUAUCAUCCCGCUCUAUCCCUUAUGAGGAUUUCCAGGACUACCUCCGCGGUCGAUACUACCUUUCACCCUCAAAGUUGUACUCUGUGAUACGUCUCCUACCAAGCAAGCAGGGUUACGAUGUUCCCGUCGAGGGCGACUGGUUGACCAUCGCCGUCGUCGCUGAGCGAGGAAAGCUGAAAUACAGCCAGGCCCCGGUGGGUACUGGUCGAGACGACAAGGUCCAGGGGGAGGAGGAUGAGGAACUGGACUUGCCCUUAACCUUGGACGGCACCGGGAAGCCUCCCCAGCGGCAAAAGGGCCCGCCAAGGAAGAAGCCCAAGGAGGAGCCGAAGCCACACGGAAAGAAGUAUGUCAACCUCAAGCUUAUCGAUUUCGGCUGCCGCUCGAGGGGGUCAUCCGACAAUGGCGGGCAGUCUAUGAUCAGAGGCGAUGCAUUCUUGUCCUUGCUGCUAUUCGAGGCGGACGGGUUCGACUUGGUCACGAAGGAGAACGGGAAGAAGGAGAAAAUUUACAAGGGAGGAAGUCGGGGCGCAUUUGAAAAAUUGUCGAUGUUGAGGGAAGGCGCCGUGGUUGCGCUACUCAAUCCGAGGAUUCUCAAGCCCUUCCAGCGGUCGGGAGAUGCACCCCAUCCCACCGACAACAUUCUUGCAAUUACUCCAGAAUCAGUAGCAUCCAUUGCAGUGAUCGGCUACUCUCAGGACCUGGGCAUGUGCAAAGUUGUCAAGCGCGAUGGCUCCGUAUGCGGCGGAUGGUGCGACAAGAGGGUCGCAGAAGUCUGCGACUGGCAUAUCCAACAUGCUGUCGAGCGUAAGAGGGCCGGCAGGGCAGAGUUCUCUAUGGGAACCUCGGGCAUGUCCACAGGCGUGAAGAAGAAGCUUGCCUACGACCCUUCACAUCGAUGGGGCUUGAAGCCGGAGAACGAGAGCAGCGGUACCGGUGCGACGUACGUCGUGUCGGGCCACAUUGUCUCUGGCUCCAAAGACUUGUACCUCACGGAGUCCAUGGGGCGCAAUGCUCAAGCAAAGGCUUCUCGUAAGUCGGCGAAGGAUGCGGAUUGCGCGUUGCGGCAACUUCUGAAGAAGGACAAGAAGGGUUCCAAGGCACUUUUCACCGCCCGGGAGUAUAGCAAACAGAUGCAAAGCGCAGAUAAAGCGAAGGGGAAGGAGAGGGAAAGCGAGAAGCCGAGCAAGAAGCCCAAGGCGAAACACCUAGACGACGUAGAUUCCUCUGAGUUCGAGUCUGAUAUUGGUGACGAAUCUACGAAGCCGGAUGCCGCGAAGAAGCCGCGUAAGAAUGCAUAUUCCGCCCAGCUCAUCAGGAACUUGGGAUUUGACCCAACGGUCAAGGACGGAAGGAAAUCUGUGGACUCAAACGUACAGAGCAAACUCGACGCCCUAACGGUGUUGCAAACCAAGAGAGGCUUCGCCCUCGGUCCAAGGCCGGGCAAGAGAACCACCUGUGUUCAUCGUCCUGAAGCGGCAGCAAAAGCUGCGCCAACACCUGAGACUGAAGCCCCGAACGCAAAGUCGGUACACUUACCGGAUGGCGAUGAUCCGCUGCACAUACCCGACAGCAGCGAUGACGAGGACGAGAUGGAGAAGGCGGAGAUUGCAGCGUUCGGGAAGCCUCUCGCCUCGAUCCAAUCGAAGGUGGUGGAUCUAGACAGCAGUGACGGGGAGCUGGAGGUGAUGCCUCCCUAG